UUGGUUCUUUUCUCCUUGUGAUCUGACGGGUGAGAGGGGGGCGGAGGAAGGUGCAGAGCGACAGACAGUGUGACGGUCAUGGACUUGGCCGUUCAACCUGUCGAGGAAUCAUUUGAGGUGGAGCGGCCUCAACAGAGCCCAACAAUCCGACCAGGACACCUCUGGAAGAACGAAACCGGAGAGACCCUGGACGUGGCCAUCAAAGGCGUGCGUUCCUCCACCAUGGAUAUGGCUGAGGAGAUUCUUGACCUCCUAAAGCGCCAGCAUAACGAGGUCGUUAAAAGACUGGAUUGGCAAGAGUCGCUCUUAAAGGAAAUGGCGGUCGACAGGACUUGCCGCCAAGAGGAGGACCAGCUGAAGGAAGAGAAGAACGACCAAUUGGAGGAGAAGGAAGUUGAAGAUAGCUGGGAGAAGGUUUUUAGAACUUUUGAAUCCAUUGAUGCUGGCCUCAAAGAGGGCGCUGCGAAUGUUGAUGAGGCCGAAGCUGCAAACAGGAAAAAACGGCAGCAAAGCUCUCAUUCCAUGCCUAGCCAUGGCAAUUGUAUUGGGAAGCUCACGAGCCAUCCCUGGUUCGACAUUUUCUUUGCCUGCAUCGUCGUCACGAACUCCAUUUUCAUUGGAAUCGAGGUGAGCUACAGCACAGCCGGACAUGAUCCUCUAGCCAUCACAGUGAUUCGCCAUUCCUACGGCUUGAUCUUCACCGUGGAGCUGUUAAUGAGAGUGACAGCUGUUGGACGAGCGUUCUUCUGCACAGAUGACUGGAUGUGGAACUGGUUGGACGUCUUCAUUGUGCUGACAUCAGUCUAUGAGAUUGUCGACGACAUUUUCUUGCGAAAUCUCAUUGAGGACGACAACACUGGAGUGACCUUCACCGGUCUGAAGGCACUGCGGCUGGUCCGCAUCACUCGCAUUGUAAAAGUUGCACGUCUAGCCCGUGUGCUCAGGUUUGUGAUGGCGUUGCGGACCCUCAUCUCCUCCAUCAUUUACACACUGAAAUCCCUGAUUUGGGCGAUGAUUUUGCUGUCGCUCAUCGUCUAUGUCUUUGCCGUCCUCUUCGCACAAGCUGUGGGGGAUGUGCUGAAUUAUGAUCCAAGUGUAUUACUCACUCGAGAUGGAGACUACGAUGCAGCGGUCAAAUACUGGAGCUCAUUGGAGGAGAGUAUGCUGAGCCUGUUCAUGAGCAUCGCUGGUGGUUUGAGCUGGGACGAAGCCAUACGGCCGCUGCAGGCCAUAUCUACAGGUUGGCUCUUCGUCUUCGUGUUCUACAUCUCCUUCACAUACUUCGCAGUACUAAACGUCGUGACUGGCGUCUUCUGUCAAAGUGCCAUAGACUCGGCGCAGAAUGAUCAAACCAUGGUACUGCAGUCCAUUCUGGCCGCGAAGCAAGCCAAUACCGAGAAGAUUCGACAAUUGUUCCAAGCAAUUGAUAUCGAAGAUUCGGGUGUUGUCACCUACAAGAUGUUGGAGCAGUCUGUGCUGUCGGGGCAAGUGCAGACCAUUUUUGAGUCCAUUGGACUGGAUGUAUGGGAUGCUUGGUCCUUCUUCAAGCUCUUGGACUUAGAUGCAGGUGGCGCAGUGGAGAUCGAGGAGUUUCUGCAAGGUUGCCUUCGACUCCGUGGAGAGGCGAGAGCCAUGGAUGUGGUGAAGAUUGUGCAUGACCAGGGCUGGUUGAUCCGCCAACAAAGCCGCUUUUGGACUUUCAUGGAGGAGCAAGUUCGUGAGCUCAAAGCAAGCAUCGAUGAUGUCAAGCGGUCGCCAAGAUGACAGAUAUCAACCAUUAUUUGCCUUGCUGCCAGACGAAAUGGCCUAGACAAGUUUUAAGCACGGAAGAAUGGACAUGUUCCGCAGUUUCGAAAUACCAGCGCUGCUCUUGUAGAAAUCGCACUGGCGGUUUUGAUUGGGUCGGCAGAAUGACAACAAUGCUUGAUCGAACGCAAGCGGCCCUUUGUAGUUGCACAAGAACUCCAAUCAAAACUUGAUGUACUGCCAUAGUUCAGACCACGUGGGAAAAUUGACUUCCUACUACCCAGGAACUGCGCCCUCACUUUAUCUCUUGUGUUCGCC